UUUGUUCAGCGCGAAAGUGUCCGCGCGAGAGCGCGCACAUACAAAGGUAGUCAACUCAAGGUAAACAAUACCUUUAUUCAUUAAAGGUGUCAGCAGCAAUACACCGCUAUUAAGCAGGUCAUCUUACAUUUAUGUGUGUACACGUGUACUAGAUAGUAUUUGCAAAGAGCGUAGCUAGCGAGCUGUAAGGAUCAUGGAAAAUUAGUCAUGCUUGAAAUAGCUGUCGUGGCGACACGCCCGCAAAUUUGCAGAUUUGGCGAGACAGGUAGACACAGACAUAUCUAGAUUGAGAUUGACGCGCGCCAACGACAUUGGUAAUUAUGAAGAUUCCUAGAUACGGGAGUUUACUACCGGUGAGUGACGAGAACUCUCCUGACUACCUGUGUGCACACACGAAACUCGCUAUAAAAGCUGAGCACCUGAGGUAGGGAGUAGCAUUCGCAAACGAAUAGUUGCAAAACAAACAACUGCUGGAGCAGAAAUCGAACUCAAAAAGUGUGAGAAUUAUUUACGCAAAAAAUUCACCACGCAAUGGCUACACAUAAAAACGCUAGUUAUUUCUCCAUACCCGUUUUUGAUUCUACAUCGGAAUUUCGUGUCAACACAUCGCACUUCUCCCAAGAAGAUCUCCUGUUGUUCAUUGAAAACUUGGAAAUCAUACAAAAUCUGAAACGUGAAAAACAUGAGCGUCGUCAGCGGCGCAAGGAGCAAAUACGUGAAACGCGUGCGCUGCUACACGCUCAAUUUCAGCCGCCGACAUCGGUAACCGCAGUGGGUUGUGCGCCCAGCCCUACAUCAUCGCUUAUAGAGGAACUACAGGAGUUGCAUUUUAACGAAGAAACAGCACAAACGAAAUCCGAAACUCAAACAGUUACCGCGAAUCAUACCAACCAGCCGAAACCAAAGCGUCCCAUUUCACAACGUCGUUCUUCCGAUGAAGAUGAGACCUACUUCAGUGAUGCUAGCACUAGCCCACGUUCCACGCCGAAUGGCCAAUCGAAGAAACCACGGCUGCUGUUUACAACACCAACAAAAUCAUCGAAAGUCAACUCUGGUUCUGAUUCCGAAGAAUCUGGCGUAUUUCCGCUGCCCGAGGUUCUUACGACACCGCCACCAAAACCAAUGCGUUACCGCGCAAAACCGAUCUUCGAGAAGCCGAAGCGUUCAGCACGUUCACGCAUACUCGCUUUGAUAUUGAGACGCGAAUUGACGCAUGACAAGCCAAAAGAGAGUGAGGAGCAGUUGAGCGGGUUUAUCAAGAAAGCUACCUCAAAUCUCAACGUAAGCAAGGAUCAAUCUGAGGAACGUGACUUACACGAAGUCAUCAAGCAGAAAUAUAAACGUUUUGCAGGUCGUUAUAUCAGAAAGAAGUUGAAGAAUGUCAUUGAGGAGGAGGUGAAGGCAAAGGAUAUGGAAAUUUUGGACAAAGCAUUGCGCUACAUGACUUUGUAAGAGGUUUAGCGUGGAAGCAUACGUUUAUAGGUGAGCGAUUCCAAAGAAAUCUCUAAGAGAUUACACAUGUAAAUAACGAGAACCGGUUGAUGAUUUAAAAUAUUUGGCAUUAAAAUGUAUGACUGAAAUCUUAAGUAAAAGUAUUCAGAAAUAUACGCAGAAGAGGCAGCGCCAAAUUAUGAAAACAAAACUACUUAUUUUAUUGUAAGACUAGUUUUAAGCACUAAAUUGAUUAUAAUAAAAAUUGAUUUUAAAUAGUAGUUUGUAAGUAUGUAUAUAUUUUUAUAUAUC